AUGUACUCCCCGCGCCGACACUUCUGCAUAUCUUACCCGUCCCCGAAGAAGCUGAGCGACGUCGUGAAGCUUCCCUUGUUGCGUCUGAAAAGCCGAGAAGAAGUUGCAAAGAUUUGGGCCGAGCAUUUCCGCACCAAGACACUCAGCGUCGCAGCCAGCACGGGACACGAUGCGUUUGAACGCUUGGCAUCCACCGCGCAAGUCGCCCCUCACUUUGUUGUGCCUCUUCCCCGAGGUGAAGGCGGCGCUUCGUUUGAGACGUUUUUCAUUCAGUUCCAAGGCUCGCGCACCUGCCUCAUCACGUCGCUUCACGAGUACACUCAGUUGUACAAGAAUCCAGACCGACCCUCGCCCUUUCUCGUGGUCACGUUUUUCGACGAGUUAGGGGAAGAGAAGAAUCUCACUUUGAUCCAGGGCGACAUUCUGAGGGGCGAGUGUCUCUCGAAGGAAGAGGCUGGCCACGUGCUCAGCCUUCUGCUUCUCUUCUAUUCCGAUCCCAAUCUGUCGAGAUGGGUCUUGGACUUCAAUUUGAAGCCUCGCGAGUUCUCCUUUGAGCUUUUCCAGGACGAACAGCGCCGAGGGUUCAACUUUCCGCUGCAAGUGCCUCCGAGUCUCGAGAACUCGGGGGAUGCGUCUCCGCGUCCUCCCUUUUUCUGUUUGGAAUUGCUUCUAGGAUCCACGAAGUGUCGCAUUGCCACAGUGAAAAGGCCUCCGCGACAGCCUAACGAACGUGGCAAUUCACCGGAGAGCCGCCGGGCAACCACUGGCUGCAGCGGCCGCAUUUGCGUGUGGCAAACCAAGACCAGAAAGUCGAUCAUCAUCGCAGGACCUGUCUCGAGCGUUUGUGUGCAUGGAGGGGUUGUGCGGGAGCGCAAGGCGGAUCCGGAUCCCAACCACCGGGAAGGUUUUCCUCGUUUGCAGAACGACAGGCCGCAGGCAUCCGGUCCCGCUGCAAGGAAGACCCCGGGUGUCGGAGAAAAGGCCCGCAGUACGCCAGAAGUACUUGAAGAUACCGGAGCAAAGAAGACCGGAGAGGAACAGGCGACUCGCGUAUCUGGCCCCGCCGGAGCCACAGACGCGGAGACGCGCGGUCACGCUCGAGCCCACGAGCGAGAAGCUAGGAAAGAAAAUCUUCAAGCAAGCUCAAAGAGGAAGAAGCAUGGGGAGCCCAGCUUGGAAAGACUGAGCAACCUCACUCCAGUAGUCGUGACAGAGGCCGCCGGUGAAUCCAGCGACGCAGAAGACGCAGUCAUCGACGAAACUGACGCACAGGAUCGGUUCCAAGGCACACGCGCCUUGAAUGGUACGUUGUCUGAACAAUCAAAGACACGAACACGGAGCACCAGUCGACCGCCGCGCAGGCGAAUUCGCAGUAUCAUUGGUGUCCUCAUAGGAGCUGCCUUUGCCCUUUGGAUCGUGUACCGUUUUAAACGCAGUCGCGAGGAACCGACACUCGUUGAGAAAAGGGAGCGUGCGUCGGCGCUCCAGUAUAUCAUUGGACGGCGGAACGCAGCUCUCUUGCUGGCGGGUAAACUUUGUCAGGAGAUGGAGCAGGUGAAGGCAGCAAUCGAGUUCCAGGCGAAGGAAGCGCAGACAUUCGAGAGACACGAGCGCGCACAGGACUACGGUGAAGCCAUGGAAACGAAGGAAGCGUUAGAGAAGGUUUAUAAAUUUUUGUCGAGAAGACAGAUGGAAGCCGAAAAGCGUGCCACGCGGUUAAUCACCGCAGAACAGCUUCUGUCUAGACAACUUGACCGUGAAGGGCUAGAAGCGUUACCGCAGGAGGAGGUAGUGAGGUUUCUGAGUGAAGGACGGCUGGAUGAAGCACGAAGCCACGUUCCACAGCACAUACGUGAAGCUGACCAAUUGAGAGAAGCGUAUGUGCCUGGGGUGGUGCAAAUGGAGCAGAACCUGGAGCGCUUGGACCCUCAGUCGGACGAGUAUACUCGAUUAAGACGAGAUCUCACAGAAAUGAACAGGGGUCGGCUUCCCAGUGCGCUGGAGCAGCACGUGGCUCGGAUCUCACGCAAUCUUCCCAUUGCUAUGGAUGUUCCUUUAGACCAGAUUCCUGAGAUAUUUGCAGAUCCCGGUCCGAGGCCGGAAUCGACGCACAUUCGGAUAGCCAACGAGCUCCUGGGAGUCGCACCACAGCCUGAACAGGGCUGA